ACAUCUUUCUUGCAUUCAGCAGAAAGCAUAUUUUCUCUCUCACUCUCGCACACAUGCUCAACCGAUUCACCCCAUUUCCCCCGACGAUGCCUCUCACCAGAUGAGCGGCUCCCAUUCUUCACCCUAAAUUUUUAACCUAAUUGCGUCUUUUUGAUCAUAUAUCUUUUGAAUCAUCCACUCUUUGUCUUUCUUAUUGUCCAAUUUCAAUUUCAAUUUCAAUUGUUCUUUCUCCAAACCCUAGAAAAUGUCGGGCGGCUUUUUCCGGGGCACGUCAGCUGAGCAAGACACUCGGUUCUCAAACAAGCAAGCAAAGUUGCUCAAAACGCAGAAGUUUGCUCCCGAACUCGAACAUUUGGUUGAUAUUUCAAAAGUUAAAAUGGAUGUUAUUAAGCCGUGGAUCGCUAAAAGAGUGACUGAACUCCUUGAUGGAUUUGAGGACGAAGUGCUGAUUAACUUCAUCAAUGGACUUCUUGAAGGAAAGGUUGUUAAUGGAAAGCAGAUCCAAAUUCAACUAACUGGUUUCAUGGAAAAGAAUACUGGUAAGUUCAUGAAAGAGCUUUGGUCGCUUCUUCUCAGUGCACAGAAAAAUGCUAGUGGUGUACCCCAACAAUUCCUGGAUGCUAAGGAAGAGGAAACUAGGAAGAAAAAGGAGGAGAAUGAUCGUAUCUUUAAUGAAAUCCAGAGAAGGAAAGAGAAGGAAGGAGAAGAUUCUGAGCAAGAGAAAGUGAGGCAAAUGGAUGACGGGCUUGGAAAAUAUUCUAAUGACGAAUCAAAUAGAAGACGAGAAAGAGGUUCUGGUGUGCAAUCUGAAGAUGAGAAUGGAGCUGAUGUGAGAAAUGGUUUUGGAGGAAGGUCCAGAGCAUCCAAGUCACCAUCUGAUCAGUCUCAAUCACCUCAUCGAGAAAGAAGUGUAUCGCGGAGUGUUUCUGGUUCUCCUAGGGCAAAAAGGCAAUUGGUUUCUUCUGGAAGAAGACAUCAUUCGCCCCGAAGAUCUGUCACACCUAGGAGGCGGUCUACCCGGGAGUCAGUUUCUCCAAGGCGUAGGUCUCUUUCUAGAAGGCAGUCUCCAUCUCGUACUCGUUAUAGGUCUCCAUCUCCUGUGAGGCGCCGAUUUUGUUCUCCAGCACGCAGAAGGUCACCAUCUCCAAUUCGACGCAUGUCACCUUCUCCUGCCAGAAGAAGAUCACCAUCUCCUUUAAGACGUCGUUCUCGGUCACCUUUACGACGUCGGUCUCCUUCUCCUAGAAGGCGUCGAUCACCUUCUCCGUGGCGUCGACGAUCACCAUCCCCUAGGCGACGCAGAUCCCCCUCUCCUGUUCAUCGCCGUAGGAGGAGGUCCUCUUCAAGUCCGAGGUCUCGGUCCCCAGGUCUGCGUAGGUCUCCAUCUCCUAUUCGACGUAGGUUCCAAUCCCCUGUCAGAAGGCCUUUUCCAGUCCGACGUAGGUCUCCAUCUCCUGCACGGCGUAGGUCUCCAUCUCCUGCUCGACGCAGGUCUCCAUCUCCUGCUCGACGUAGGUCCCCCAUGGCAAGGGGAUACCGUUCUCCACCUCCAGUGGAACAUAGAUCUUUAGCUCCAGUUCGGAGAAAGUCACCUGUUCCAGCUCGUAGGCGAUCACCUACUCCAUCACCAAGCAGAUCUCCGUUGCCUGCCAGUCAAAGUUCCAGAUCACCUGUCAGGCAUAUUUCUGCUUCACAAGUUAAGACGAGAUCACCCAGAAUUCAGAAUUCCCCACAUGGAUCCCCUAGAGAUCGUAACAGUGAUCAUGAGCCUGCAAUGAUGGCUCGUAGACAGCCUAUUUCAUUGUCCCCCCAGAGAGAUAACCGAAAGCGUUCACCCAGAAAUGUGCCGUCUGUCUCACCUCCUCCAGAGAAGUCAAAUGCGGUUUCACCACUAGCCCGCAAAAAGAGUUCUGUUGAAGAUGGGAGGCCAGCGAGUCCAUAUGACAGUCCUGUUAAAAAAUCAGAGGAUAAAACAACCCUUAAUGGAAAUCGGAGUCCUAGUAGAUUGAGAGGCCACAAAGUUCGUCAUGGAAGCCUAGAAACGAGUGGAGAUAGAUUUGAUAAUGACAGGGAGUAUCAGGCGGACAAGUACAAGUUAGAAGAAAAAAAUUCAGGACGCUCAUCAGCUGGCAAGCAGAGGGAUUCUCCUGAUCGAUCAGUUAGAUACCAACAUCGUGGUAAUGUUGGUGCAAGACAGGACGAUGAGAUAACAAGUGAAGAAGCUUCUUUGAAGGAAGUUCGUGCUCUGAAAAAGUCACCACCUAGAGGUGGAACUGUAUCAGAUGAGAGGUCUGACAUGUUGUAUCCUGGGGAUGUUUCCAAGUUGAAUGAAAAGAGGAACUACCAACAGAAAGAUACUAGGGACAACACUGUGUCUGACUCCGUAGUGAAAUUACAUAAUAAACGAAGAAGUCCUAGUGUUGACUCUGAAUCUGGAUCUGAGGAAAGUGAGAAGCAUAAAGCUGAAGUUUCUGAGAAGAGGAAGCAUCGAAGGUCAAGGCGAAGAGAAGUGGCAUCUGAUGACACUAGUUCUGAAUCUGAGAUGGAGGAUAGGAAAGAAGCUAAGAGAAGAAAGAAGGAAGAGAAGAAAAUACGAAAAGAGGAGCGGCGUAGGCGUCGUGAGGAGCGGCGCCGGAGGAAGGAAGAGAAGCGUGCUGGUAAACGGAAGCAAAAGUCAAAAGAUGCUGAUGCCCUGUCUUCUGAUGUGGAAAACAAUGAGAAGGAUACCAAUGCUGCAAAUGGUGAACGUCGUACAAAGAAGUAUUCAAGUGAUGAAGAAGAGACAGAAUCGCAGAAGAAGAGGCUUGAGAUUGAGCUACGUGAAAAGGCUCUUGAGUCACUGAGAGCAAAGAAGGGGAUUAGUCGUUGAAUAUGCUGUUUUUGUAACUUCUGAUGUUGCCUAUAUUUUGCAACGUUGAACAAUUUCUUAUGGCUUUGAUUUUGUUUUUGUUUUUGUUAUUCGUACUUUAUGUUUUUAAUGCUAUAAAUGUAGUUGAUAUAUCUUUAAUGCGGUCUGUGUUUGCUGCUGGCAGUUGAGAUGGAUAGUUGAGGAUUUCCUGAGAUAUCUCUUGAGUCUUGACUGCGACUAUAUGCAGGACUUGCUGCUAUAUAUUCUGAUCAUAAUAUUCCAACUAGAUGUGGUUGAGAACCUGAGCUGGCCUACUUAUUGAGCAAAAUUCAGCUUGAAAGGAGUUCUUGGGCUGUGUAUAGUUUUUGACUGGUGCUUGCUUUGGAUGCUUGCUCUCCAUUUCUCCAUACGGGUAGAAUCCUGCAUGUAUAACUACCUUACUUCAGUCAAUAGGUAUUGGUAUCGGUCUCUCUUUGUCAAUUCAUUGCUUCUGCAUUGUAAACAAUUUGGGCAGGGGAUAGGUAUUGGUAUCAGUCUUUUCUUUGUCAGCUCGUGCUUCUACAUUGUGAACAAUCUGGUCAGUCUCAAAUCAUGAACGAUACAUAUUUGCCAUCUGUCUCUCUCUUUCUCUCCCGGGUUGGUUUUCUGGGAUAGCUCUGUUACUAGCUUCAUCAUUGUGUCACUGCUGACUAUUUUGCUGUUUACUUUUUUCCCAUGUUUAUCCUAUUAGCUUCUUUUGAUUAACUUGCAUUAAGCUUUUCUGAACAGUAAAUGGUAUGCAUAAACGCAUAGUAUUAGCAGAACAGGAAGUGAAUUUUAUCUUCUGAAGUGGUUUUGAGUUUGAUUUGAUGUUAUGAAGUCAAUGUUGAUGUUUUUGCUAUGCCAGACUACAUUCUACUCAUGGUUUUUCAUGUACUAGCAAAAUGAAUUGUAUUUGUAUAAUUGGAGCAGACUUGAUGCUGGUAUAAUUCAAUUAGAAAGUUUGUUUAGACAUUGAUUAGCAUUUUAUGACUGGAGUGAUGGCAAACUUAGCAUAAUUUUUGAUUUAUAAAAUCACGUAAUAAGGGGAAGGAAUUACUAUUCUGUA